GCAGGGAACAACUCUGCACUUCUCUCUACUUCUGCAACGCCCACCCAUCACUCCCUCUACCCCUCUUCCAAACACACACACACACACACACACACACACACGCCGUUCCGCUCCACUGACAGCACGAGUUCAGACUCUGUUGUUGCUGCAUUGGAUCAGUGCAGGUGCUUUUACUCCCUCUCACUGCACCACUGUGUCUGUGUCCAAGAACCGGAAUAAUCUUUUAAUAAGGCAAGACGGGACCAAAAUAACGGCUGCAGUUUAUAGUCUUGUAAAAGGAGGACAAACGGGGGAGGGGAAGCAACCGGAGGGGCAAAGAAAUGACGGGAGAGAGAUGAAAAAAAGUUGUGCCUUGAAGAUGCGUGAAGCUGCUCCACUGCACUGUACACUUCUGCUGCUGCUUUUGGCCCGGCGCAUCGAUGCAGCAUGUCCCUCGAUAUGUUCCUGCAGUGAAAGCGAUAGAGAGGUAGAUUGCUCCUGGAGAGGACUGAGAACCCUCCCCAGUGGCAUCCAGUUCAACACCCACUCUCUCAAUCUGUCCCACAACCGUCUGGCUGACCUGGACAAUGUCCUGGCCCCCUACACCCACCUCCGCACCUUGGAUGUCUCUCACAACCGACUUUCCCGCAUGCCUGCCUUGUUGCCCCGCUCUCUGUGGGAAAUUUAUGCCUCGGGCAACCGCAUCCGCCUUCUGGAAAAGAAUGACACGGUUUUCCACUGGAACCUGCGUCUACUGGAUUUGUCUGUAAACAGGCUGGAGCGGGUUGUGUUCAUCAACAACACACUACCAAACCUGCAGGCUCUCAACCUUAGCUGCAACAAGUUCUGGACGGUGCCUACUAACAUGCCCCGGAACUUGGAGAUGGUAGAUCUGUCACACAACACACUGGUACAGAUCCUGCCUGGGUCACUAGACCGCCUACCCAGACUAUCACGGUUCUACUUACAUGCCAAUCGCUUUUCCACAGUGUGUGAAGGUGCAUUUGAGCAACUCCAUGGACUAAAACUCAUCACACUAAGAGGCAACCCUUGGGCCUGUGAUGACUUCUCCAACAUCAAAUAUCUGAUGGACUGGGUCAGGCACACUUCAGCCCAUGUGCUGGAUUGCCCGUGCCACACCUGGUCAAUCUGUGGUGAUGCCCAACAUGCAAGGGUGACAUCAGGGUGGUACUUUGCCUCCUACACCCUUGCUCCACGUGGCGGACCGGGUUGGGAGUUCAAUCGUCUCCUAUCUGGGGUGACUACCCACUACAUAUCUGAAGAUGUGCUCACUGGCUCUCAGCACACCAAGAAGACUCCCAAACCCUCUAGUCAUCAAGAUGAUAACGAGGAAUCUUUUGGGCAUCGUUUUCUUUUGACCUCUACUUCAGAAAGUCUUUCCGCGACAAGCCUGCCUCUCCCCACCGAUACGCCCGUCACCGGGGAUCUCCUCACUACCGGUGGAGUCUCCACUUCAAGCACACGCAGGACAACCACUCUUCGCACCAGGAGCGUCAGGAGAACCAAUCAGAAGCUUGGCAAAAAUGCGAGCCCAGAAAACAGAGCUUGGUUAUUGUUCACAGUCUUGCUAAGUGUCCUCUUUCUGAUAACUUCCGACCAGGUCAUGUAACACACCUCUAUAGAUUUGCUUCCAUCAUGAUCCGAGUAAAAUUUCCAUAAACAAACCUGAUCCAUUACAUUUCCAAUAAUCUCCAUGCUCUGUAACUGCUCCUGACAUCCAUAUUAAUAAACUCUUUGUAUAGUAUUUAUUUUAAAAAUAAGAAGUAAGAUUACAAACGGAGUCUUGCACUAAAUCACACUGACCACAUGACAUCUUUUAGCACAUACAGUAGUCUUAGCAUUAGGUUUAAUCCACAUCGGGAAAACUGACCAAAUGGAGAAGACUCUUUACUGAACAUUACAGCACAGUUAACAACAGAAUAAAAAGCUUGUUUCCUUUUUUGAUUAUUAACUUUGCAUUGCAGAUAAUUACGUACGUCAUCUAUUUCACCAGUGUGUUUCAGUCGUGUCAUACUGACACACAAACGGUAACUGUAAUUGUGUGUACCAGUGUUGAAGGGGUUAAAGGUAGGGUCUCCGAUUUUUGAAAGCCAAUGUUGACAUAUAAAAUCACCAAAACAAACACGCCCCUAACCCAAAUGGGUCCCACCCCUGUAUCGAUAGCUCCGCCCACACAUACAUACGUA